UCUCGGUUGGUUGUAGCCGGCGACUCGAAUGAAAAUAAAUCGGCGGUACGACGAACUGGUUCGUGCGUUCGCGUAAAGCGGUCGUGCGGUCCGGUAAAACAGAGACAGAAGGAAAGAGAAAGAAAAGACGUGUAUAGAGUGCGAGUGAGAAAGAAGGAAAAGGACUCUCGCGACGCGAAACAAGCCUGUGUGUUGCCUUCUUUGGAUCGUGGAAAAAAAGACCCUAUCGGACAACAAUCGGCCGUUACGGUCAAGAUACAGAGGGCCCGCGAGAUGUCUCUGACGUGCCGAGUGCAGUAUCUGAAUGACGUCGAUCCGUUUGCCUAUGCGAGCUCCUAUCCGGAGCCACCUAGGCCGCCUGUGCACACCUUCAGCGCGACCUUGCCACUAAUUAACCAGCUCGCAGCGGUGCAUCGACUUCUACGGGCGCCUCAUAGGCUUGAUGAUACGGCGCUCCAGCUGUAUAAAGAUGGCGAUUACGGCGCUUAUUUGGACCUUGAAGCCUCCAUCAGCGAGCAACAGGAAGAAUUCGAAGGUUUCCAGACCAACCGAAAAAAUUCGAUCGUCCUCAGGACACAGCUGUCUGUGAGGGUGCAUACUAUCAUAGAAAAAUUGCUGAACAGCGAGGGCCGCGAGCUACGACGAGCUCUCUUCUCCCUCAAGCAAAUCUUUCAGGAGGACAAGGACCUGGUGCACGAGUUUGUACAAAAUGAUGGGCUUGCUUGCCUCAUCAAGGUUGGCAGCGAGGCCGACCAGAAUUAUCAAAAUUAUAUACUACGAGCUCUCGGUCAGGUGAUGCUCUAUGUGGACGGCAUGAAUGGAGUGAUGGAACACGGUCAGACGGUUCAGUGGUUAUACACGUUAAUAGCCAGCCGCUUCCGAUUAGUGGUGAAGACUGCACUGAAGCUGUUGCUGGUAUUCGUCGAAUAUGUGGAGACGAACAGUCUGCUGCUGGUCAGGGCCGUUAGAUCGGUCGAUACAUCCAGGGGUAUGAUACCCUGGACGAACGUGAUGAAGUUGCUGAAGGAUUACGACGCCGCCGACACGGAAUUAUUGAUCUACGCGACGACGUUGGUCAACAAGUGUUUGAACGGUAUACCGGACCAGGACACUUAUUACGAUCAGGUGGACUGUUUGGAGGAGCAGGGGAUCGAGGGCAUCAUCCAGAGGUACAUGUCGAAGCAAGGCACCGAUCUUGAUCUACUCAGACAAUUCCAGAUCUACGAGGCUGUGCUGCAUCACGAGGACGGGAACGAUAGGGGCUCGCCUAUUCGUCAGCUGGACGAUAACAUCAGGAAAACGCUACGAAACCGGAAGUCCCUGGUGGAUUCUCACGAACGGCGAAAAUCCCGGCGACACUCGACGGGCACGUCUCCAUUGUCGAUGUCCUUGAACGCGCGCCUAAGUCCGCGGCUCAACCACUCCUUGGGUAUAAGCUCACUGAACAACACGCUAAACUCAAGUUUGCCCGACGACGACGACGAGUCGAGCAGUUCUCAGAGUUCGCAGGGUCAUCUCGGCGAAGUUCAAUUGAAUGGCAGCUACAAGGAGAACAAAGUGGACGUUGGCGUGACACCGGCGUUAAGACGUCGAAGGGAACGAGCUGAGAGGCAGAGGAGCUUUAUCAGGGAGCAGCAAGAGGCCACGGCGACUAUGCGAGCAUCCGUGGUACCCUCGGACGAUCAGGAAAGUCCCUAUGCGACGAACGGCCUGCGUUACACUAACGGCACGUCGUACGAAAGAAAUGCGGACUCGCCGUCGAAUAAGUUAUCCAGGACAAACAGCAGGAAAGACUUGACGCCUCUGAUGAAUGCUGCGAACAAGCUUGACUCCGAGGAGAAGAAACCAUGGUACGGCAAGAGCCCGGACGAGGGUGUCGAGUGCGACGAGGGUAAUCACACCGACGAGGAUGAGGAUCGUCGAGUGGUUCUACAACUGAAGAGGGAAGGAACCGUCAAGGAUCUCACACAAAAGCUGGCCGCUCAAAAUCUUAUACCGAGCAGCCCGGUCGAGGAGAAGGUUUCCAGGAUAGGGGACAUGAGCGGUCUGAUCUCGAAGGCGAAGGAGGGUCUAGCGAAGUCCAAGUCAAAAGCGGACGUGCUGAAGUCUCCUACCGGCGACAGCCUGCCGAAACUGCAAGAAGCGAAGAAAUCCGAGAACGAGCUGCAUUGGGAGGAGUUGGUUAAGAAACUGAAGCGGCCACUCGAACUCUGCGACCUCGACUUCACCGAUCUGAAUUCCGACGACGAAGUUGACGUUCUUGGACCUGUGAACGUGACCAACGGCGUACCACCGCCACCACCGCCCAUGGUUCCGACUCCUGGUGGCGCACGGGCACCACCGCCACCGCCUCUAGGGGCGAGGCUACCGCCACCCGUACCGCAAGCGCCUCCACCGUUGUUCGGCGUGAAUCUCAAGUCGCCGAGGUCACCGACCGCGGUCGACUCCAGCAACGCUCCAAAGAGUCCACUGCCGACCUUCACUAAGAAGAGUAAGAAGACGGUGAAGCUGUUCUGGAAGGAGGUUAGGGAUGACCCCAUCAUACUGUCGAGGCUCGACAAAAACAAAAUGAUAUGGGACGAGCUGUCGCCAGUACCUGUUGACACGCAGAAGCUCGAACACCUGUUCGAGAGCCGCGCUAAGGAUCUCAUCACGAAGAAACAGCAAGAGAUGAACAAAAACAAGGAGAUCAUCGUGUUGGACCAUAAACGAUCAAACGCCAUCAAUAUCGGGAUGACCAAAUUGCCUCCACCAAGAUCUAUUAAAACCGCGAUCUUGAAAAUGGACGCAACAAUUAUGAACAGAGAGGGUAUCGAGAAACUCUUAACGAUGCUGCCAACUGAGGAGGAGAGGUCCAGGAUACAAGAGGCGCAGGCCGCCAAUCCUGACCUACCUUUGGGAUCGGCCGAGCAGUUUCUUCUAACUUUGGCCUCUAUCUCGGAGUUGCCUGCCAGGCUGAAACUUUGGGCGUUCAAGUUGGACUUUGAGAAUUCGGAGAAGGAAAUUGCGGACCCUUUGAUGGAUCUGAAGCAGGGAAUGGAGACCCUGCGAGUGAAUAAAACGUUCCGCGGGAUUCUGAGCACGCUCCUUUCGAUCGGGAUAUUCCUCAACGGAAAUGAGGUGAAGGGCUUUCAGCUGGAAUACCUCGCCAAAGUACCUGAAGUAAAGGAUACGGUUCACAAGCACUCGCUGCUUCAUCACCUUUGCCACAUGGUGAUGGAGAAGUUUCCGGAUUCCACGGAUCUCUAUUCGGAGAUCGGCGCUGUGACAAGAGCAUCGAAAAUCGACUUCGACGAGCUCGCGGCGAACAUCGGGAAACUAGAGAGCGAGUGCAAGGCAUCCUGGGACCACCUGAAGCUCAUCGCGAAGCAUGAUGGUUCCACGAUGAUGAAAGUCAAAAUGUCAGACUUCCUGGCGGACUGUGCGGAGAGGAUAAUCGUGCUGGGCAUCGUGCACAGGCGGAUCAUAAAUCGAUUCCACAAAUUCAUCUUAUGGCUGGGAAUCCCGCUGCACAGGGUGCAAGACACGAAGCCGAAUGAGUUUUGCCGGAUCGUGUCCGAGUUCGCGCUCGAGUACAGAACCACCCGGGAGCGGGUGAUACAACAACUGGAGAAAAAAGCCAAUCACCGUGAAAGAAAUAAGACCAGGGGAAAGAUGAUCACAGAGGUUGGUAAAUUCAGGACGAAAGAGGAUCGCGCGGACGCGGAGCUCAGGCAACUGCUCGGAAGCGAUAUCUCCGACGUCGAGAGUAUUCACGGUACCCUACCAUGGAGGAGACAGAGGAAAGACGGUCGCACAUCGCUGGCCCCGUUGCUUCGCGACGAAAACACCAACGGGAAUCUGACUGAUGGUGACGACGAGUUGCUGGAAUCGCUGGUGAAAACAGCAACGAAGACACCGGCAACGAGAACAACGCCGAGGGAACGCAAGAGGACCAGACACGCCGAUCGUAAGUCUUUGAAGCGGUCGCGCACCCGGGAGAACAACACCACACCGGAAGGGUACCAACCCUGAAGGGCUACCGAUCGUGACCGACGCGAUGAAGUGCGUAGAACGCUGAAGAACGGCCUCUCGGAAGAGGAGAAGAAACACAUCGCCACCUACAUCAAGGGCUACUGACUGUGAUAAAACUCGAAACCUGUAGCUCGUCCACGAGAAGAAAGGAGGGAUAGUAACACGAUCAUCGAAUGUUCGGUCGGACGUUGAUCACACGACCAGAACAUUGUGAUUUCACGGAGGCGCAACCAACGAACACGAUGAAACAAAAAGCCUCUCUAUGGAAAUCGCAUACACCAAGGUUAUAUGUUAAAAGAAUUAUAUAUACAUAUACAUAUAUAGAUAUAUAUACACGCUUAUAUAUAUAUAUUUCUAUCGAACUUUCUGUACGUUGGCAGAAAGCUAUCGUUUUUAUGAAAUUCGUCGGUGAAGACGAAACUCGAGGCCUUCCAUUCUAUUUUUCGAUCUUAUCGCUUCAAAUGUCGUUCGUACUUUUCCAAAUACGAUCAAAUACCGUAGUUGAGCAAACCGUACUGGCCUAAAGCUUUAUAGUUACAGACGAUCAGAGUUGAAUUUCGCAAUUUUGAUACCAAAAGGUGUUUUCUAACCAAUUAAAUUGGUCAAGUUUUAUCAAUUUAAUAGAUUUUUGAUUGUACGAAUGGUGAAAGAUGACGAAUAAAAGUAACAAGUUUUCUAUCGGUUCAUAAGUUGAUACGUGCAUAUGCGUUAAAUGGUAAAUCAUAUAAUUUUCGUUAUGUAUAUUUUUUAAGAAUUUUCCUUAAGAAGAUGUACACAUAUCGAGAAAUAUUUUAUGCACUCAACUGUUCGCAAUCGCUAAAAAUGACCGAUGGUGUAGCACAACGAAAGAGAAACAGAUCAGGAUGAUCAGUCAGACGGCUCACAUCUCGUUUAGUACGACUGCUGGCUUGUAGGCGACGAAGCGACGAGCUUACGGGUCAGCGUUUCGCAUCGCGAACGAAUGCAACGACUUUUGAAACUUAUAUCCUCUCCAUCUUCUUUGCGCGGAAAAAAGCGGCAUGAAAGAAGGAAAAAAAAUGGAGAGAGAAGUUUUCAGAUGCAUCUUCCGCGGUGACAGUUUCUCGCGAAUAAAUGCUCGUACGCGAAGAGGAGAAAGCAUUUCUCGAAGCAAUUCGCUUUUGCAACAUGGAACGAGAAGAUUAUUGAAAUACCCGCUGAGAUGUUUCUGCAUUCGAGCAAACACUUGAAAGUUCGAACGACAGCGAUGAAAAAUCGGACAAUCUUAUCGAAACGUGCCUCAAACGACACUUUUGAUCCGUCGAUGAAAAACUUUGAGUUCUCUCUUCAGGUUUAAAGAAAGUUCCGAACGAAAUUCAAUGAACCAUUCGAUGAUACGAAACCGUAUCUUUCGUACGUAUUUCUUUUUCUCUCUUUUUUUUCUGUCGACGAAGGAAGAAACUAGGAAACGAACACGAGAGAGUUUAUGAACGUGAAUAGCGAUUUUAUUUCUGCCGAUAUCGUAGGUAGUGAAUUUUGGAUACCUAGACGGCGAAAAUUUGUAAACGGUGUGAUUUGUUCGGCGAGAGGAGAAACUUAAUUAAUUUAAUCAUCACCUUAUUAUCGCGCUGCGUGAUGUUGCGCAUGCGCUAUUACUGUAAUUUUCUGCGGAAAUGAUUCUUGAAAUAAAAUUGAAAGCAGCAAUAAUGAA